GCCCGGGACCGAGUCCAUCGGCUACAAAAUGGCGGACGGGGAGCUGAAUGUGGAUAGUCUCAUCACUCGGCUGCUGGAAGUGCGAGGAUGUCGUCCUGGCAAGAUUGUGCAGAUGACAGAAGCUGAAGUUCGGGGCUUGUGUAUAAAAUCACGAGAAAUCUUUCUUAGCCAGCCCAUUCUCCUGGAACUAGAAGCACCAUUGAAGAUAUGUGGUGACAUUCACGGUCAAUAUACAGAUUUACUUCGAUUGUUUGAGUAUGGGGGAUUUCCACCUGAAGCCAAUUAUCUUUUUCUGGGGGAUUACGUGGACAGAGGCAAACAGUCCUUGGAAACCAUCUGCUUAUUACUUGCGUAUAAAAUCAAAUAUCCAGAGAAUUUUUUCCUCUUGAGAGGAAACCAUGAGUGUGCUAGUAUUAAUCGCAUCUAUGGAUUCUAUGAUGAAUGUAAACGGCGAUUUAAUAUCAAACUUUGGAAGACGUUUACAGACUGCUUUAAUUGUCUGCCUAUUGCAGCUAUUGUAGAUGAGAAGAUUUUCUGCUGUCAUGGAGGGCUGUCUCCAGAUCUGCAGUCAAUGGAACAGAUUCGAAGAAUUAUGAGACCCACAGAUGUUCCUGAUACAGGCUUGCUGUGUGACCUGCUGUGGUCUGAUCCAGACAAGGAUGUGCAAGGAUGGGGCGAAAAUGACCGUGGAGUCUCCUUCACUUUUGGAGCAGACGUGGUCAGCAAAUUUUUGAAUCGUCAUGAUUUGGACUUGAUUUGUCGAGCUCAUCAGGUGGUUGAAGAUGGCUAUGAAUUCUUUGCUAAACGACAGCUUGUUACCUUAUUUUCCGCUCCUAAUUAUUGUGGAGAGUUUGAUAAUGCUGGUGGGAUGAUGAGUGUGGAUGAAACUUUGAUGUGUUCUUUUCAGAUUCUGAAACCAUCUGAAAAGAAAGCAAAGUACCAGUAUGGUGGACUGAAUUCUGGACGUCCAGUCACUCCACCUCGCACAGCUAAUCCACCGAAGAAGAGGUGAAGAAAGGAACACAUUAGAACAACCAUCAGAUCUAUAAAGGACAAAACUCCAUAUAUACAGUAUAUAAUAAGUGUGCACUGUAAAACCAUCCAGCCAUUUGACACCCUUUAUGAUGUCACAUCUUUAACUUAAAGAGACGGGUAAAGGAUCUUUAAUAUUUUCUAGUUGACUGAUGUGCAACACUGUAUUGUAACAAGUAUACUCCAAUAACCAACAUAGAGUCAAAUCAGAUCUAAACAAAUUCUUUUGGUUGCAUAAUUCUCAUCAGUUUUAAAGUUGACCAACAUCCCAAUUUAAGCUUGAUGUAAUAGCUAAACCAGAUGAGAGCAUGAUGUUUCAUUUGUGUAAUGUGGUCUUACUGUUGCUUGACUGCUUUUAUUUCUAUUAUUUUGUAGGUAGAAUGAUGGCAAAGUAUCUAGCAAUGUUCCCUGACUGAAAAUGAAUUGUGGCAGGGAUUUUUUUUAAGGCAGCUGCCACUGUUUCCCCUCUUCCAGUACUCCUGCUAACUUAAUACGUGCCCCUCUGACAGGAGUAUAGCAUCUAAAGAUAAACCACAUCCAAGCUAGUUAACUUGAAUAAAGUGCCCUGCUUGGAAAAUCCAACAGUCAAUAUUUUCUGAAGAACUAAACUUUCAUUUUAUCGUAGAUUUCCACAGAAUGACUUCGUGCACCGCACCAUUUUAAAUUAACACUCAUGAUGGCACUUCAUUUUACUAAAAUAGGACAAGAAUGGUAUUAUUAGUUGGUAACUUGAUUAAGUGGUACCUUGCAUUAGAUUUUAUUAGCAUGAAACACCUUUUUGGCAUGCUUAGCUUCCUGGUAAUGCCAUACUUGCAUUAAAUUGCAUCUUGCAUAGCUCACCGAAGAUCCUCCUUUGACAAGCCUUGAAAAGCUAGCCCUCUUCUUCCCCU